AGGGUUAAAUGCCCUAUAAACAAAUGCGUAAUUUCCCUCCCUGAUUCCGGUAAGUUUUUUUGAAGGGCCCACAAGAUCUAAGUCCUAGAGCCAGCUGGUGACUUAACUGGCGGGUGACCAUGCAUUCUGAACCUCAGCUUCUCCGCCUGUGAAGUAAGGGGCCGGGGGUGGGGGUCACCAGAUGGACCGGCAUUGCACGAAAAGGUUACUUGGACUUCACUUUCCCGAGAGCCCAGGGAAGCCAGCAUCAGCCACCUCCACAGCCAGGACAGGCGGGAAAUCUCCCCAGAUGCAGCCGAGAAGGGCUGAAGGCAUGUUCCGGGGUUCGGCACAAGCCCGCAGCUCCCCGGGGUUCCCCCCCCCCCCGGCCCCGUCCGGGGCCGCCCCUGCGAACACCGAGGGUGGCGGGACACGGCAGGGUCUCCCUCGCCAGGGGAAGGGGCCCCGCUGCCCCUCCCCUCUUCCUGAACGUUCCCCGGCCCCAGAGCCUGGCGACCGCCGGCUCCCCGGAAUCCCGGCCUCCCUCGCGAACCCCUCCGCGCGGCCGCCCUCACCCCGGGCUCACCAGGGGUCCGGGGCCAUCGCGCUGUCUCCGCCCGCCUUCGGACACUUCCUGCUCGCGGCAGCUGACUACGGCGGCCCGCGCGGCUCACACCCCGCGGUUCGGCCCGGGCGCGACCGGAACCUGCCGUUUCCCCCGGUGCGUGUGCGCUGCGGCCUCCAAGGACACGUGCCCACUGGUCUGAAAUGCCAUCCUGACCAGGAACAUUUGAUUUUCCCCCUGGGCCGCACAGUCCUGAUCCAGGCAAUAAAUACUCAGGAACAGAACUUCCUGCACGGCCACAGUAACAACGUCUCCUGUGUGGCCAUCUCCAAGAGCGGGCUGUACCUUGCCUCUGGGCAAGUCACGUUCAUGGGUUUCAAGGCAGAUAUCAUUUUGUGGGAUUAUAAGAAAAGGGAGCUGAUUGCCCGGCUGUCACUUCACAAGGGCAAAAUCGAAGCACUGGCCUUUUCACCAAAUGAUUUGUACUUGGUAUCACUAGGAGGCCCAGACGACGGAAGUGUGGUGGUGUGGAACAUAGUCAAGAGAGAAGCCAUCUGCGGCAGCCCGGCGGCCGGCCUCAACGUGGGGAAUGCCACGACAGUGAUCUUCUCGAGGUGCCGAGACGAGAUGUUCGUUACUGCCGGAAACGGGACAAUUCGAGUAUGGGAACUGGAUCUCCCAAAUAGAAAAAUCUGGCCAACGGAGUGCCAGACCGGUCAGAUGAAAAGAAUAGUCAUGUGUAUUACAAUUGCCGUCGAUGAUAGCUUUUUCUACCUUGGUACCACAACUGGAGAUAUUCUGAAAAUGAACCCAAGGACCAAGCUGUUGGCGGACACUGGGCCUGCGAAGGACAAAUUCAGCCUGGGAGUGUCCACCAUCAAGUGCCUGAAGAUGGGGGGGUUGUUGGUGGGUUCCGGAGCCGGAUUGCUGGUCUUCUGUAAAAGCCCCAGCUACAAACCCAUCAAGAAAAUCCAGUUACAAGGUGGCAUCACUUCUAUCACCCUUCGAGGGGAAGGACACCACUUUUUUGUAGGAACGGAAGAAUCCCACAUUUAUCGGGUCAACUUCACGGAUUUCAAAGAGACUCUCAUUGCAACCUGUCACUUUGAAGCUGUCCAGGACGUUGUCUUUCCAUUUGGCACCGCCGAGCUGUUUGCCACCUGUGCCAAGAAAGACAUCAGGGUGUGGCACACGCUAUCCAACCGGGAGCUGCUGCGGAUCACCGUGCCCAAUAUGACCUGCCACGGCAUCGACUUCAUGAGAGACGGCAAGAGCAUCAUUUCCGCGUGGGACGACGGUAGAAUCCGAGCCUUCGCCCCAGAGACGGGCCGGUUGAUGUAUGUCAUUAACAACGCCCACAGGAUCGGAGUGACAGCUAUCGCUACCACCAGUGACUGUAAAAGGGUCAUCAGCGGCGGUGGGGAAGGGGAGGUGAGGGUGUGGCAGAUAGGCUGCCAGACCCAGAAGCUGGAGGAGGCCCUGAAGGAGCAUAAAUCCUCUGUGUCCUGCAUUAGGGUGAAGAACAACAACCUGGAGUGUGUCACAGCCAGCACGGAUGGCACUUGCAUCAUUUGGGACCUUGUGCGUCUUCGGAGGAAUCAGAUGAUCCUGGCAAACACCUUAUUCCAGUGUGUUUGUUACCACCCCGAAGAGUUCCAGAUCAUCACCAGUGGCACAGACAGAAAGGUAAGCCCUCCCGACAAGAGUCGGGGUCCUUCUGGCACGUGAGAGAAGCAACGAAGUGUUGCGGCUGAAGUGCAGGCUCUGGAGUCGAGCCCCACGAGUUCAGACACGGUUUUGCUGUCGAUCAGCGGCGCCAUCUUGGAAAUGCCGCAUCAGCUCUCGGCGCCUUUGCUUCUUUGUCUGUAGUGUGGAAAUGACACCACUCAGUUCACACUUGCGGUGAGCGUGACUCUGAGG